CGUUAAAAAUGGUAGUGUGUGCACGCGUGUGCGUGUGUGUGUUUAACAGCAUCGCUUUAGAAACUUUCUGUACAAGCAUUUGUGCACCGUUUUCUGCAUGACAAUGAGACUUCCGCCGGAAGAACGAAUAAUACUCUGAACGUAAUAAAAUCUGUGUCACAUCGCGUGUUACGAAAUAGGAUCUGCCAAACAGGACAGUCUGAAAUAUGUUUCAAACGGCGCCGGUUGAUCAAAGAAAAGAUGUUCCUUUCGUCAGUUUUCAUUGUACUUCUUUCUUCUAUCUGUACAUUAAGUUUCACCGAUCAGACGCAACACCUUUUCAGCGAAAUGUAUUCGAUUAAUUUGAUUAAUUGUCCGAACGAUAAAAGGUGUACAUUUGUCGAGCAUUGUCCCCCUAUUUUGAAUUUAAUGAAUCACAAUUUACUUCCAAUUCAUAGGUAAAUCGGUGUAACGCUGCUUUAUAGGAAAUUGAAAUAUAAACGAAUCAAUAAGAGAAAUGAUCUAAGCUUUUAUUUUAAAAAUUAACGUAGAUUUCGACAAGCGAUUUGUGGUUACGAGAGCAUGAAACCAAAAGUGUGCUGCGACGUGGAUAGCAAUAUGGUGAACUCAUUUUUUACUCAAAAGGAUGGCAUAUCUUUCACGAGAUCGAAUCUAAUUCCAGAAUGUGGCAGGAGCUUCGUUCAUGGUGAUGUUAACUCUAUAGGAAUGUACCCGUUUGUUGCAAGAAUUGGAUUUAAAAGUAACACAGGUCAAAUAAAGUAUCCUUGUAACGGUGUAAUUUUGAAUCAGCGCACGAUAUUAACUACUGCCAGUUGCGCACUUGCAAAGUCUAGUAUUUAUCAAUUGGAUUCUGUGCUUGUCGGUGAGUUUAAUACUGAUACUGAUCCUGAUUGCAAUACACAGAAAAUUAAUAUAUCGUACGUGAUAAAACAUCCCAACUAUCGAUCUGAUACUUAUGCGAAUAAUAUAGCGAUGUUACGGUUAAAAGAAUCGAUACAAUAUACUGUAACGGCGCAACCUGUGUGUCUUUUACCAAGAGAUGGAUAUGUAAAUGUAGAAAUGAAUCCUAUUCUUGUUGGAUGGGGUAAGCUGGCAAGCCAGAAAGUGAACACUUGUAAGCAACAAUUGCUGAAAAUGAGGAUUGUAUCGACUGAAGAAUGCAUGAAUUAUUAUAACCAAGGAUCAACUGUCGAAUUGUGCACAAUAGGGGACGAAGAGCCAUGUUCAGGAUACAACGGAAGUCCUCUUUUAUUUAAAUACGGCGAUACGUAUUUUUUGUUAGGCAUUUUAUCGUACGGUUCUGACUGCAGCAUGAUCACCAACUUCCCCUCAGUCUUCGUGAAUAUACAAAAAUACACAAGAUGGAUUCAAGAAAAUUGUUGAUUGUACAUCAAAAGGUUAGUAGCUUAUUUC